AUGGACACGCAGAUUGCAAUAACUGGCACUGCCAUUGGAAAAGAAAUCAACAAAAGUAGUUCAAAGACCGACAAUAAAAUUGCUUCAUCGAACGCCGAUGUCCCAUGCAUAGAUAAGGCUACGCAAACUAUUAUAGAAGGAUGCUCCGAAGAUGACCCCAGGCUUUCGUAUCCUACAAAACUAGAGACUACUGAAAAAGGGAAGACCAAAAGAAACUCAUUUGCAUGUGUAUGCUGCCAUUCUUUAAAGCAAAAAUGCGAGCCUUCCGAUGCUAAUGAUAUUUAUAGGAAACCUUGCCGUAGGUGUCUGAAACACAAAAAGCUAUGCAAAUUUGAUCUUUCAAAGAGGACAAGGAAGAGAAAACCUAGGUCAAGGUCGCCUACAUCUUUUGAAUCGCCAAUGGUAAAUGUCUCUACCAAAAGCAAAGUCCCAACAGAUUCUGAGGAAUCAAGCUUGAAGGAUGGUACGUCUUACCUCACCAUUUUCCCUUCCGACGCGAAUACCAAACACGUUCCAAACUCUCGAACAGUUUUACCUGGACUUCAACAAAGUUUAUCUGACCUUUGGUCAACGUUAAGCCAACCGCCCUCAUACGGAGUAAGGGAGCCCGAAACCACAUCUAAAGGAGAUAUAACCACUAAUGAUUCUACAAAAUCGAAUGGUGGUAUCCCCACAAAUCCCACAAUCUUAGCAUCUAACAAUGAACGUACGAAUGUUAAUGAUGCGCCAGUCAUAUACAGUACCUACAACUCACCCAUACCGAUUUCUUCUGUCCCUACUAGCAUCAACAGCGAAGCGCUGCUCAAACCUAGACCUAAUAUUGUGGGUGAUGAGCAAAUACACAACGUCAAAGUGAAAAGACAAAAAAAAUCAUAUUCUAGGCAUAUGACACGGUCGUUCAGAAAGCAGCUACAAUCACUGAUUAUUUCUCAAAAAGGUAAAAUUAGAGACAUUUCGAUGAAGCUUGAUACAUGGUCAAAACAGUGGAAUGACCUUGUUGAAAGAAGCAUGUUCUUACCGACAAUAGCAGAUCCCGUAUCAGUGGGAAUCAUAUCCCAUGAAGAAGCGACGCUACGAUUACAUCUUUACAAGACCGAGAUUUCAUAUCUGUCAAAAUUGCCAUUCAUAAGGGUCGAAGAAAACGUUAGUGUAGAUGAAUUAAGAAAGAAGAAACCCAUUUUAUUUUCUGUCAUUAUGUCAUGUGUUUCAAUUGUAUUAACACCCAAACAAACCACCAGAGGAACGAUAAUGAAGCUUGAUAGUUUUGUACUAAAUUUAAUCACAAAUCAGAUUUUCAAGGCCAACAAUAAAUCUAUCGAAAUCAUCGAGUCACUGUCUACCUUGUGUUUGUGGUAUAAUUUUUUUGAAUGGUCAAGUAAAACAAGGUAUCAUAUAUUUAAUUACAUCUGUUGCUGUUUAACUAGAGAUUUGGGGCCUACCUAUGUCAAUAGAUCCUUUGGUAUGUUUAGCGACGAGGACCCAAACAGGUUUAAGUCACCUUUGGAGCUUUACAGCAAUGGCGCCAGUUUAACUUUACUGGUAUAUAUUUCAGCACUUAACAUUUCAAUUUUCCUCCGCCAAUCAAUACAAGCUCGUUGGAGUCACGUCACUGAAAAGGCUUGCCAGGAUUUAAUUAAGGAGACGAAAGAAUCACAAGAUUAUGAGAACGACAAACUAUUAUUCGACUCAUCUAACGACCCCAUCUUAGUGCAGUUUGCUAAAAUGAACCAUGUCUUAGAAAAUAUCCACACGCACCUACAUGAGAGGGAUCUAAAUGAUGAUGAAUUCGAUGAUCCUAUUUUUACUAAAAAAUAUCUUAAUAAACUGAUGGAAAAAUACCAUAAGCAAUUGCAAGAAAUUUUUACAAAACUUGACAGAAACAGACCAAGAGUGAUCGCAUUUUAUUACUCUGUAGAAGCUUAUUUAUAUCAGUAUAAACUUGCAGUAUUCAUCGGAGAAAUGUCGCAUACCGUAAAUGAAAAAGUCGAAUUGCCCAAAGAGAUAAUGGAUGAUUUUGUCAAAUGCUAUCGUUGCUGUAAAUCUGCCCUUGAGGAGUUUUCCAAACUGGAGCCAAUUUUAAUUACCUCCUUACCAUUAUUCCAUACCUCCAGGAUCAUAUAUACUGUUGGUAUGCUUUUGUUAAAGCUACGCUACUCUGUAGUCGCUAUACCUUCAUUUCAUGAUUUAAUGCCACUGACGGAUGAUGCCAUUGCCCUGGUAAUAAGGGUAAACAAUCUUUUAGAAAAAACAUCUGAACUAUAUCCAUUCAAUAACUCUCUUUACAAAUUUAGGUACGUUAUUGCGUUAUUUUGUCAAACCUAUGCAAACAAGGUUAUUGAUGUUGCUGAUCGCUAUAAUGCAGAGAGAGAGAAACGAAAGGAAAAGCAAAUCAUAAAAGAAGUAAGGAAUGACCACGAGAGUACCAAGGCAAUGAAUGCCUCUGAAACCGAGGAACAAAAGAUGCCAAAAGAAGAACAUCCACUUAUCGACAAUAAUACGAACCAAAGCAUAACGACAGUGCCUGAUGAAAUGUUGCCGGUGUAUUCAAGAGUUCGUGAAGAUACUGCCGCCAUGAACUUGAAUAUCAACAGCUCUUCUUACAUGAAUGGGUCACCGCAUGAACAGCGAGAGGGCCUGGUAGGGUCAACUCUAUUGCCACCACCAUUUAUUUCAAAUGGUAUGACUAAUUCCACUGAUUCAACUAAUAUGAAACCAUCACCUAGUUCAUCGGUAGAUAACUUGAACGAUUAUUUGACGGAUAUUAACUCCUUAGCAUGGGGCGUUAAUUCAUUAAAUGAUGAGUUUUGGACAGACCUUUUUAUGAAUGACAUUUGA